AUGAAGCCGAGUGCGUCCGGAGAAAACUUGGGAGAAGGGUCUGAAUCCUGGCACACAAGCCCAUCGAAAAGCUGUAAGAUUGAUAUCAACGGUUAUACUUUCAGAAGUUCGUAUAGUCUUAACUUUUUCUUCAAGAUGUCACCAUGGGCGAUUCAUCGGGGCCAACAACUUCUGAGGAAAAUAAUGAGAAUUUGUUGAUUGAACAAUCCGAAGCGGAGCAAAAACCAGCUCCCGAGGACAAAAAGUUUGUAAAUUUCUGCCAGCGAGAUUAUUUUGACUUUGAAACUUCAGAAAAAGACGUUCCGGUGCGUCGAUCGGCUUGUUUCGAAGUUUGUUGGGCCAAGACGGAGAAUCUGUAACUGUGACGGGGUCUCCAGUGCAAGCCGUGAGGCCCCGGAGAAUGGCUGCCGCGGCGGCGAGGACAAGAUUUAGGGGAGGAAUGGAGUGCUAUCUGGUGGGUUUCAAAUAUUCUACUCUUUUUUAUAAGUUAUUUUCAUUUAAAAAAGACACUUAAAGAUAGAAAGGAAGGGUUUAAUACCGGGUAUCUCCUGACCUGCAUUUUAUCUGGGGUUUUUUUUCUGAGUUUUUGCCCUCUUUCUUUCUGUUUUAUUUUUUUUUCAAUUCACAGCUCGACGUUGGAGAUGUGCCACAUGAUCUGAAAUCCAUCAUCCGAGCAGAGUCCCAUCGUUUCGCUAAAAGAGCUGCAUUGAAAGUGAUUUUCCCGAUUUUUCUAAAAAAAAUUUUAUGUCGUUGAAGAUAUCGAAAAAGUACAAGCGUCGGACGCGUUCUCACUCGAAAACUCCGAUCAAAAGAAAGAAUAUCUCUUUCAAUAAGUUUUGUUCGAUUCGUGUCAUAACUCCUCGUCCUGGUUAUGUGAGUUUUGGUCUUUUGCUUGAAAAUCCAAUCAGAAAUUAUUCUGGCUUUCUCAGUUUGUAGAACUCUGACAACAUAGUUUGAAAGAAGCUUGGCUAAGUUACUGGAAAAAAAAGAAAGUCAACAGUUAUAUGUUGAUAUAAUUGAUCCCGUUAAAACAUUCAACCAUGGUUUUCUAUCAUUUCAAAUAAAAGUUGGGAAUUUUAAAACCAAUCCCACAUAUUUAAAUUUUUCUAACAGAACCCUGAAAAGCUGAGUAUGCCAUCUUCUGACGAAGAAGAAAUCGAAGAAGCUGGCGAAAAAAGGAAAAAAAGGGCGGCGAAAAAGACUUUAAGCAGCGUUCCUCUAAAUCUUACUCCGACGUCGAAAGAAAAAGUUUCUCAACUUUAAAUCAAGAAUUUUUCAUUGUUUCUAUUUUCAGUUAGAGUCACUGAGAGCGAAGGAAAUUGAGAACGAAGAAUUGCAUCCAGUAGUUGAGUUUAAGUGAGUAAUUUUUUCCACUCAGUCGGUAACGAAAAUCCGUUUUUGAGUGCAAGUAUGAUUUUCGGAGACGAUGAUGAAGAAGAAAGCAAAGGUACAGCCAAAUCGAAUGUGAAAAGACGUCGCAGGAAAUCGAUUCUGGUAGGGAUUGUGUUGAAAUCAAACAUCCGUGUCGCUUUUAGACGCCCACCAGCCCGAAUCCACUGAAAAGUCCUACCGUCGAACCUGCUAAGAGCGAAGUUGAUUUCCCAUUUAUAUGAGAGAAUAGUCGUAUUUUGAAGAAGAAGAUUGCCGAGAAAGUAGUGGAAAAUAAACCGGAGGUCCCGAAACCGAAGAACACCCGUCGCCGUUCAAUCGUUAUCGUUUCGCCGAAGGCUGUUGAGGUUUCCUCCAACUCCGAAAUUUGUCAAACUUUCCUUACUUUCUCAGAAAACAGCUGCUCCUCCGAGAAGAAUGACUAGGAGAAGUCAAGUCUUUGCUCCGAUUUUCCGAAGAAGUCUGGAAAAGGCGGAGGUUUCUGAAAAGAAACCCGAAUUGCCAGUAACUGUCAAAGAAGAACCUGAUAAUGUUAAUCCCAAACUUGAAAAUAUAUUUUUAUCUUUUUUGCAGGACUUUCAUCAAGCAUGCUGUCCAUUGUCAGACGAUUCUAAACAGGUUUUCGAGAUUUUUCUUGGUUUAAAGGGCAUUUUUCGCAGUCUUCUUCGGUGGAAGAAGAUCCGGGGAGUUUUUCCUCGGUCCCUCUCGACUUCCAGAGCUGCAGUUUGUCAAACACUCAAUCUUCAGACGUCUCGAUGAAAGAUGAAGUGAAACACAACGGUUCUUCUUUUAUUUAGAGCCUUUUUCAGGACUCUUUUUGUUUUCGACCUCCCUACGAAAUAACGGAUGACCUUUUAAUAGAGUUCAAACUUCUUGAGGAACCGGUUGAAGUUCCCGAAGAAUCUGAUAGAGAGGGAAAGUUUCCGGAGUCUUCUCUUGAAUGGUGAGUUUUCGAAUUUUCAAGUUGUUUAAGAGUUUGAAAAUCAACCGAUAGGUAAAUUAAAUCAUUGGAAGUUUUUCCUAUAUCCAUUCACACCAUUUGAGAGAGUUCACUCCGCUUUUUUUUUCGCUGGAAGCUGAAAUAGUUUCAAUUUUACUUUUUCUCGCAGUUUGACCGAAGACGUUGAAACGUGGAAAAGAUAUCUGGACAGAAGGAAAUUCGAGGAUCUCUCCAAAUGGCUCGGCGACUCUUUGGAGCCUCAAAAAUGCGACGAAGUCCUUUUUUCUAGCAGAAACGAUGAGAUUCUGAGUUGGCUGCGGGGCUGGAAAAGUCGUGUUGCCAGACAAGGUCAAUCCAUUUUCGCUGUCUUGAAAUAUUGGGAUGAUUCCAGACCGAGAAGCGAAGACUUCGAAAAAUAAGAAGAAGAAGAAGUGUGAGGACAGCGACGACGACUACGACAUGGAAGACGAGAAAACUUUCCAGAAUCCGUUGAUAAUCCAUGGCGAAGCGGGCGUCGGCAAAACGGCUCUGGUCGGUUUUUUGUCUUCCAAUUAACUCAAAAGUUUGUCAAGAGAACAUAUUUCUUGUCAACGUUAUAAUUUCCGCAAUUUUCGGGCUUCACAUCAAAUUUAAUUAAGAAGAUUUGAUGAUCAGAUAGAAAAAAGUUCGAAUUUAGAAGAGGAUUCGCCAGAAGUUGAGGAGGUUUGAGUCAAACUUUAAGAGUAAGAAAAGUUCACGGGAUUGAAAAAGCAGCUUAUAGUUUUAUUUUUGUAAGACUUUUUCUCAUAACCUCUUUUCUGUUUUUUUGAUUUUAUUAAAAAAUAUUUUGUUGAUUUCCGCCGUCCUCUGAGUGUACCGAAUGUUUUUAGUUAUGUUGAAUUUAAUUUUUUUUUUUCGUCGCUAUUUCUUGAAGAGAAAAAAACAGGAAUGGGCGUUAAAAUAAGUAAAAAUUUGAUAAAAUAUCAAUAAAGAAGCACGAGAAGAAUUUAGUGGUUUUCUGUCAGUUUUUUUUUUGUAUAAACUUGGAAAAACAAAGGGUUCUAUCGAUCAAAUUGUUAGGUGAAAGCCUUGGCGACGGAGAUGAACAUGAAGAUCGUCGAGUUGAGUCCAGACGAUUGUAGAAAUGGGAACAGCAUAAGGAUGAAGAUGCACAACGCCGUCGUUUCCCAUAGGGUUUCUUUUUCAUUUUGAAAUUAUCACUUUUUGAUCUUCGUAGGUAACUCCGGCGGCUUCCUUUUUCUCGCCAGUUUCUGAGAAAAAAGUCAACAACAAGCAAACUCUUGUCGUUGUUGAACAUGUUGGUUCAUAUUCCAUUGCUUUUUUAAGAUCAAAAUUAUCUUCAGGUAGAUAUAUUUUUCGACAAGGCUGACUACGGGGCUGUCGCUGCUCUGAUCGACGCCACUAAUCAAGCCAAGGUAUCAUUUUAGUAAAAUUUUCUCAUGUUAUGUGCUUUUAUAACUUUCUAGAACUUGUAUCGAGUAUGAAACACUUUCAGACAUUUUUAGAUCAAAUUAGAAAUUUUUAGUUUUCACUCUAAUGAUCACUUUUGUCAGGAAUACCUCAAUUUUAUCUAAAGCUCUUCCUUUUUAUCAACCCGAGUCAUUUCCUGAUUUAAGAUCCCGGUGAUUUGGACUUGCGAAAGAAAUUGGCCGAAACAGACUGGAGAAACUCAUUUGUUGACUGAACCUUUGGUUAUAAACAUGAAUACAUCUCCAGCUCGACUUCAGAAGUAUUGUCAGGCAUGUUCUUCGUCUAUCUCUUCAACUAAAUGCUUAUUCCAGAUUGCCUCGGAGAGUAUUCUUGGGACAAAGAUUGAAGACAGCAAAAUGAUCGCGUUUUCCAAGUCUGUUUCUCACGAUCUCCGUGCUCUUUUGCACCUUAUUUCUUUCUUUUCUCUUCGAAAAGAUGUUAGUUUCUUCCAUUAUAUACCAAUAUACUAUUCUUCUUCUUGAAGCUUCCUCUGGAAUUGCCGAAUCGUGAGGGAAUUUCCAGUGGAUGGGACCAGAAAUGGGCCGAAGAAGAUUUGAAGUCGAAAAGAUGGAAUCGAACUGUUCCCGUUUCAGUCCUUCCUUCGGCUUCUGCGCCCAGUUCAACUGUUAGUUUCGAAUCGAAAGUUCACUUAUUAUUUCUAAUUCGAAAUUAGUUCGUACUUCUUUUGAAUCAUGUUUCAUCGUUCUUAAACUUUUUUUAUACAGAACUUUAUGUUUACUUUUUCAAAAGCGGGAGGCUGGUAUUGCUCCGAAAAUUACCAAUUUGAAUAAUUUGAUGUUUUAAAACAAUUAAUGAGUUUUUCUACUUUAUUUCCAUAAAACCGUAAUAAUGAAACGAGAGAAAAAUAGAAUAAAGUUCAAAAACUUAUAAAUGAUCACUUUUAAGGACCCUCAAAUAACAAAAACACUGCAAAACGCGUGGAGAUGCCUGAAUGGACGAUUCUCCAAAGCCGGCAUCAGUAUGGACGUUUUGCCUUUCUUGAGCUUCAUCGAUCAUUUUGAGGGAAGAAGACAAAAAAGAAAUCGGCGGAGGUUCCUACCAUUUCCGUUCUUCCAAAUAAUUUUUUCUUUGUAGGUUCCACCGAUUACUCGACGUUUCCUGUGAUGAAAAGUACCCUAUUGACUUUGAAAACUUACGUGAAACUCUCAUUUCUCAGAAGAUCUCGCCUUGAUUCCCUCGUCUUGUGA